AAAGGUGCGAGGAUGCGGCGGCGGCCCCAGUGAGCCGCACGCUCUGCCCCCGAGGGUCUAUCCCCGCCAAACGGUGCUCAAGUCUUUGCCGAGCCAGGUCGGGCGAACGAAGGCCGGAGGGGAGGUGCGGACAGGUGCCAGGACUCGGUGCUCCUUUCCCCGUCCCUUCCGCGACGACCCCGCCCCUGAGAGCCAGAAGAAACGCUCCAAGGGGAGCUGCAACUUUCCGGAGUCUCGGGCCCGGGCUUGGCAAACUUCAGCGAGUUCCUGCUCCCGGAGUCCUGCGGACUGCGCUCUGGCCCGGCGCAGGCCUGGCGUCCGAAGAGUGUGAUGGGCGCCUCAGGCUCCUUCCCCGGAUCCGACGGCGCCCCCCGACACCCCUUCCUCGCUUGCAGCCUCUCCGGCUCGCGGGCGCGCACACCUUCUUUUGCGGACCGAGUGAGAAUUCGAAUUCGGCGGUUUCACAAGGCGCAGUUGGCGGCGCAGCGGUCAGGGGCUGGUAUCUGGCCAGUGAGGGGAGGGGCGCUUCCUAGGCUCAUUGCCUAGGCCUGGGUUUUAAGGAGAAGGGCGGAGAGCCUUAACUUUUCAUGGAUUCACUCCACCGCGGACACCGCGAGCAGCAAAGUGACCCAAGAGAGUGACUUGAGAGCUGCGCGUCUCGGAAACUUCUCGCGAAUCCGGAGUCUGUGAAACCGGUGCCUCCCCUUUGGGAAUGGAACUUGCUUACCGCUUUCCUCGGCCAGAACGUCCCCAAAGAUGGCAGAGGAGAGCAGUAGUACCAGGGACUGCGUGUCCUUCAGCGUGCUCAGCUGGGAUCAGGUCAGCCGGCUGCAUGAGGUCCUGACCGAGGUCGUACCCAUCCACGGACGAGGCAACUUUCCAACCUUGGAGAUAACUCUGAAGGACAUUGUCCAGACGGUCCGCAGCCGGCUGGAGGAGGCAGGCAUCAAAGUGCAGGAUGUCCGGCUGAAUGGCUCUGCAGCCGGCCAUGUGCUGGUCAAAGACAACGGCUUAGGCUGUAAAGACCUGGACCUGAUCUUUCACGUGGCCCUCCCGACAGAAGCAGAGUUCCAGCUGGUCAGAGACGUGGUGCUGUGUUCCCUCCUGAACUUCCUGCCAGAGGGUGUGAACAAGCUCAAGAUCAGCCCUGUCACUCUGAAGGAGGCAUACGUGCAGAAGCUGGUGAAGGUGUGCACGGACACGGACCGCUGGAGCCUCAUCUCCCUCUCCAACAAGAACGGGAGGAAUGUGGAGCUCAAGUUCGUCGACUCUAUCCGGCGCCAGUUUGAGUUCAGUGUGGACUCCUUCCAAAUCAUCCUGGAUUCUUUGCUCUUUUUCUAUGACUGCUCCAGUAACCCCAUCUCUGAGCACUUCCACCCCACGGUGAUCGGGGAGAGCAUGUACGGGGACUUUGAGGAAGCCUUUGAUCACCUGCAGAACAGACUGAUCGCUACCAAGAACCCUGAAGAAAUCAGAGGCGGAGGACUUCUCAAGUACAGCAACCUUCUUGUGCGGGACUUUAGGCCCACAGACCAGGAAGAAAUCAAGACUCUAGAGCGCUACAUGUGCUCCCGGUUUUUCAUUGACUUCCCGGACAUCCUCGAGCAGCAGAGGAAGCUGGAGACCUACCUGCAAAACCACUUUGCCGAGGAGGAGAGAAGCAAGUAUGACUACCUCAUGAUCCUCCGUAGGGUGGUGAACGAGAGCACCGUGUGCCUCAUGGGGCACGAGCGCAGGCAGACCCUCAACCUCAUCUCCCUCCUGGCCCUGCGUGUGCUGGCAGAGCAGAACAUCAUCCCCAAUGCCACCAACGUCACCUGCUACUACCAGCCAGCUCCUUACGUCAGCGAUGGCAACUUCAACAACUACUACGUUGCCCACCCCCCAGUUACCUACAGCCAGCCCUACCCCACCUGGCUGCCCUGUAACUAACCUGAGAGCCGAGGGCUUCCACAGUGGGAGCCCCAAUAGAGCCAGGGCUCUCAGGUAGGGGAGCCUCCUUCUAGAUGUAGGUGUUUGGCUUUUAAAGGGGAACUCAGCUCUGAUUCUGCUUUUUUUUUUUUUUCUUUGUAUACCCAUUGGAAUGGGUCUACAGUAUACCACGAGCCAACCCUAAAGGACCCAUAGUAAGUGCCACUUUGGAAGAUGCUGUAGGAAGUGUGACCUAUCCACAUCUUUCCAAGAUAGACACACUAAUGUGUCAAGUCCCAAGCAUUAGCACCUGGGGGUUUGAGCUCUGCAAUAAUUGAGAUUGGGAGAGCUUGGGCAGCAUAUGAGAAGUGUUAAGCUGCUUUUCUUCUCACUUCAGCCUAGAGCAGCCUGUGUUGGCCCUCACUUGGGAUUCUCAGCAGUUACCUGGAAGCUGUGCUGAUAAUCUCUCAUAUCAGUUUUAGUCAGGCAAAAAUGGUAAACAUGAGGGUGCUCUUGUGACCCAAUUUUUGUUCAAGGGACUAAAUUGCUUAUGAUUAUUCCCUGUCAGCAGAGCUGAGAAUUUCUUUCAUCAAUAAACCAAAGCCAAUAGCUGGAGAAUUGAGAUCUGGUUGGAAGUGGUUUAUGGUUUAGAUGCUGUGUGGAAUUGUGAGAUAUUAUUGAGAAAAAAAUAACUUUUUCUUGAAAUGUAACUUGAAAACAAAAUAAAAUGUGGAAUA